AAAUUGUCUUGAAAGCAAAGCGAACUCCUUUCUCUCUCAUCUCAUUUCCAUCCAACCCCAAUUAUGAACUUAUCAAAAAUGCCAUCUCCUACAUCCCCUCCCCACAGCCACCACGCUAGAGAUGGAACGUGCAGCCAACGCGCGUAUCCCCUUCUUCCUUUUUUACUCUCAAUGAGCCUGAGCAAUUGCAGCUAAAAACCAAGAAUGGGGUCCUGUUGUUGGGCAUUUAUCGUCCUUGUUUUCCAACCAUUCUUUGGUUCGAAUUCCUUCGCUUUGUUAGUUCUGGGCGAGCCUACCGACUACGUUUCGGCCGUUGGGGACCCUGGAAUGAAAAACCCAAAUGUCAGAGUUGGUCUGGAAGCUUGGAAUUUCUGCAACGAAGUUGGAUUUGAAGCUCCUAACAUGGGCAGCCCCCGCCAUGCCGAUUGUGCUGAUAUUUACUGUUCUUCAACCGCUGCUCAUCUGGGUGGUGGCCUUGUUAAUAAUGGCAGUCAAUGCGGAGUUCUACACAAAGUGAAUGGCACUGACAACAGCUUAGGAGCUGGUGAUAAAUUUCCUACAGCAGGCUUUGAGUCUUCUGCUGACCCUGACCUGUUUGCAAAGGAGAAAGAACUAUAUCUUGGCUCUUUAUGUGAGGUACAGGAAUCCCCAAAUCCAUGGCAAUUUUGGAUGAUCAUGGUUAAAAAUGGAAACUUUGACAAAAAUACUACUCCCUGUCCAGAGAAUGGACAAAAAGUAAGUAAAAUUGUGACGGACAGAAAAUUUCCAUGUUUUGGCGAGGGAUGUAUGAAUCAACCAGUUGUUUACCAUAACUACUCAAUAUUGGAAUCCUUUGGAAGCCAGAAGGUUUAUUUGACUGGAGAAUUUAGUGGAACAUAUGACCUUGAUGCCAACUUGGUUGAAGAUGUGGGCAACAACUCCUUCUUUUCAGUCUCAUGGAAGAAGAAUAUUAGCACAGGGAGUUGGAUUUUUUCUCACAGGUUGUCAACAUCAACUAAAUAUCCCUGGCUCAUGUUAUAUCUACGUGCGGAUGCAACCAAAGGAUUUAAUGGCGGCUACCACUAUAAUGGGUGUGGCAUGUUGAAAAAGUUGCCUGAAUCUCCAAAUUUUGUGGUAAGGCUGACGCUUGACGUGAAACAUGGAGGAGGACCCAACAGUCAAUUUUAUCUACUAGACAUCGGAAGCUGUUGGAAAAACAAUGGAGAGCCAUGUGAUGGUGAUGUUCUGACAGAUGUCACUAGAUACAGUGAGAUGAUAAUUAAUCCAGCAACUACAAGCUGGUGCCGUCCUGAUAACUUGGUUUCCUGCCCACCUUAUCAUAUUAGUCCCACUGGUGAGAUAAUACACAGAAAUGAGACAACUCGGUUUCCAUAUUCUGCAUAUCACCUAUAUUGCAGCCCUGGAAAUGCCAAAUAUCUGGAGAAACCAUAUGAUAUUUGUGAUCCGUACAGCAACCCACAAUCACAGGAGUUGGUACAAAUUAUUCCACAUUCUGAAUGGGCUGUGCAUGGCUAUCCUAAAAAGCAAGGAGAUGGAUGGAUUGGGGAUGCAAGAACUUGGGAGCUUGAUGUAGGUGCUCUCUCGAGCCGAUUAUACUUCUACCAGGAUCCAGAAACAAAACCCGCGAGGCGUGUCUGGUCUUCGAUCAAUGUUGGCACGGAAAUAUAUGUUAGCCGCGCAAGAGAGACUGCAGAAUGGACUGUAAGUGAUUUUGAUGUGCUUGUUCCAGAAUUUAUGCUCAAAGCUGACAGCUCGAGCUCGAACUAACUUAUGUACAUGUUUGUAAGUGAUUAAUGUUUGAUG